GGUUGCUGGGAAGCAGCUCCGGGUUGCAGGGCAGGAAUGUGCACCCUCCCCCGCCCUCCCCCCCGCAAACUUUCGCUGCUGCGACGGAAGCAGGAACUUGCGAAGCACAAGCCAGCUGGUCCGGAGGCAGCUGCGGAGCAUCCCCAGCCAUUCCACCGAGAGCCUGGCUCAGGGUGGCCGCUGCUGUCCCGCGAGCCCCUCGGGCGUCCUCGCAAGGGUUGGGCCUCUCCGGGUCCCCACAGCGCCAGAGAGAAAUUCUUUCAUCUGUGCAAUCUUCUUGAAGCAAACUAAGACCAGAGGGAGGCUUAUCCUUGACCUUGGAAGACUAAAACUAUACUGAAAUAGGAAAUGUUGUCCCGAGGAGAAUGGACCUUGACCUACACUUCCGUGAUCGCUUGUUUCCUGACAGUGAGGCUGUCCGCCAGUCAUGACUGUCCUGCCCAGAGCCUGGGAGAAGUCGUCAUUGACAUUCAGUCCUCUCUUACUAAGGGAAUCAGAGGCAAUGAGCCCAUACAUACAUUAACUCAAGAAGACUGCAUUAAUGCUUGCUGUUCAACAAAAAACAUAUCAGGGGACAAAGUGUGUAACUUGAUGAUCUUCGACACUCGAAAAACAGCUAGACUACCCAACUGCUACCUGUUCUUCUGUCCCAGUGAGGAAGCCUGUCCACUGAAACCAGUGAAGGGACUUAGGAGUUACAGGAUAUUUAGAGAUUUGCCCUCAUCGAGCAGAGCUGAUUUGCCAAGCCCAGCAGUCACAUCCACACCUCCUCGUCUCACAGGUCAUUCAAAGCCCACUGAUGCCUUACAGAGAGAUACAUUUUCCUGGAAGUCUGGAGCUCCAGAUCACUUGGAGAAGCUAUUCAAGACUGAUCCUGUGAGCACACAGUUCCCUGUUUAUAAAGAAAAAGGCCAUUCUCAGAGCUCACAGUUUUCCUCAGAACAAAAAACAACUCGUCUGCUGCCUGAAAAUGUGACAACCUUCCCCACUACCGAGGCCGUGGCUUCUCGACAUAGCCUCCCUGUCACUCCAGAGCCCGCGCUUCUCCUCCCCACCAGUGCUCCUGCGAUACCAUCUGUGACUCCUCAACCACAGGUGGCCUCCACAGCUCCGCCUGCAGGGACCAUCGCUUCCCAGCCUCCCACAGUUGCUUCUACACUUUUGACACAUGCUGCAGUUACCCCCCAAGCUAACAUGACUGUAACCGUAGUUCCAACUACCAUCUUUCAGGUACCUACAGACUUGCAAGGCCUAGCAGAAAUGGUGCCCUUUAGAGAGAUGUCCAACCUAACGUUGACGGCAGAGGCGGCCCAUAACUCUGCUACAGGUCUUUCACCCAGUGUGGAUUCUUCCACCAGUAGAACGGCUUCCCGGGAAAAUGGGAAGACCAGAGCAGGCGCCUCCUCCCAGCGCAGUUUUCCAGAAAGUCAACAUGGCUUUCCUUUUGAAAAGUGGCUCCUCAUUGGGACCCUGCUCUUUGGGGUUCUGUUCCUCAUGAUAGGCCUUGUCCUCUUGGGUAGAAUGCUCUUGGAAUCCCUGCGCAGGAAACGUUAUUCGAGACUUGAUUACUUGAUCAAUGGGAUCUAUGUUGACAUGUAAGGACAAAACUAGAUGUCUCUUCAUUCAUGUAGUUCCUCGUAGUCCAAGUGUACUGAGUUUCUGCUAACUUGCUGAUUUUAGGGUUUUUGAAGUACUUAAGGCAGGCAAAUGCCCCUACCACUUCAUUUUUGCUUUGUUUUUUUUUUUAAGGGGAAAGAAAACAAAUCAGGUAAUUUGUAUGAUAUCUCUCUAAAAUAGUAGCUGAAAAAAAGCUCUACCUAAAAUAAUAAAGUACAAUUACCAUAUAAAUUUAAAAAGUGACUGGCUUUUUGCAAAAAAAAAAAGGUUAGAAAUUUUAGGCUCCAAUUUAUUAAUAUUUCUAGCUCUAGAUAGAGUCAACUAUUUAUGAUAUUAAUUCUAAUGGAUUUACUUUCCUUUUUAUGUAUAUUCCAAUAAAAUUUAUUCCAGAUAUAUUUCCUUCCAAUUAAAUAUUUGAAUAAAUUUUUUGCUACUCAUAAUGUUCUUGUAAGUCAUAUGCCCAUCUGGAUAUCUUUUCAUUUAUUCUACCAGCAAAAUGAUUAAAUGAUGAAAAUAUGUGUUCUAAGUUAAAAUGACAACC